AUGUUGUUAGAGAGACAAGUAGAUUAUACUAAACGGAACAGAGAUGGUUGGUCACCUGUUAUGUAUGCUUGUUAUAAUGGACAUACAGAAACAGUAAAGAUUUUGUUAGACAAAGGUGCAAAUUAUGACACAUGUAACAACGAUGGUGUGUCACCUGUAAUGAUGGCUUGUUACAAAGGACAUACAAACAUAGUAACAUUGUUGUUAGACAAAGGUGCAAGUUAUGACACAUUCGAUAAAGAUGGUUGGUCACCUGUAAUGUUUGCUUUCGACGGUGGACAUACAGAAAUAAUAAAGUUGUUGUUAGACAAAGGUGUUAGUUAUGACACAUUUGAUAAAAAUGGUUGGUCACCACUUAUGUUAGCUUGUACCAAAGGACAUGCAGAAAUAGUAAAUAUGUUGUUAGAUUUGGGAGUUAAUUAUGAUAUAUGUAACAAUGCUUUGCAGUCACCUGUAAUGUGUGCUUGUAUAAAUGGACAUACACAUAUAGUAAAGAUCUUGAUAGACAAAGGAGCGUGUUAUGACACAUGUGACGAAGAUGGUUGGUCGCCUUUAAUGUCUGCUUGUAACGUAGGACAUUCAGAAAUAGUAGGAAUGCUGUUAGAAAGAGGAGUAGAUUAUAAUAGAUGUGACAAUUAUUUACGGUCGCCUGUAAUGUUAGCUUGUAGAAAUGGACAUAGAGAAAUAGUAAAAUGGUUGUUAGACAAAGGAGCGCGAUAUGACACAGUUGACAAAGAUGGUUGGUCACCUGUAAUGUCAACAUGUAGUAAUGGACACACAGAAAUAGUAAACAUGUUGUGA